AUGCUCCAAUCGAUAUCUGAAAAAAUAAACGAAGAACUGAAAAAGAACCAGUACAGUUCACUUCAAGUGACCGAAUUGAAGGACACGCUGGCCAAGGUGAACACGCUCAAAGAAUCGGAGGUCGAAGAUCGUUCAUUGCUGGAACAGCUUUGGGAAGCGGUGAACACGGUGAUAAAACAGAACUUCAGCUUUGACAACAUUCUCCAGCAGUUAGCGAAAAGAAUAAGAGAUUGGUUGUUCAGUUCUCUGCCAUUUAUGGGCAAUGCCGAACGACAGGAAGCCUAA